AUUCCCACAACGACAUGGCUGCUGCAGUCAGGAUGAGGACGUGGAGCUGUCCGACCUCAGGAGUUUUCUAUCCAUGGGCUGUCCUUUUUGUAGCUUUACUAUGUACUAUAAAUGCGGUUGUUGCUGCACCAGAGACGGGGCUUUGGAAAAUAACAGUUGUAAAUACAUCAAGACCCCUGCUGUUAAGGAAAUCAAUGUAUCAAGACACCGACAUUGAAUUAGAAGUUGUGCAUUUUAGCUGUCCUGAGGAGGUGAUCUUAUCUAUUCACUGGUAUUUAAAAUACUACCCCUGUCACAAUGAAUUCAACAAUAUCGAAGAAAUGUACUCAAGAACACCGCUGAGUCGAGGAGAGAGCCUGGACCCAAAUCCCCUCGGACAAGGAGAGUGCAUCGAACACAGACAUAGCCCAGUCACAUGUAACAGUGGACUGAACUCCUUUCCAAUGCUCAAAAAAGCAAAAGCUGAUCCACGUCCAGUCGCGCCGCCUCAGCAGGGUGAACUGCCUGAUGAAACAUGGAUUACUGAGGAGUAUGACAGCAGCAUCACGAAGAACAACAGCGUUAAUAUCAACAACAACGUCAUUGCAACCACGUGGAAGGACGGGCCUUACCUGCUGGUGGUUAAGUUUGAGUCUAGUAAACCGGAGGCUAACUGGAAUUUAACAGUUAGUGUGGUGAUGAAAAGCAGCCAUGGCUACAUUUCUAUCACAGAAUGGCCUCUCAUGAUUUUCUACAUGGUGAUGUGCAUAGUGUACAUCCUGUACGCCCUGCUCUGGUUCAUCUGGGCAGCGUGCUACUGGAAGGAUCUGCUGAGGAUCCAGUUCUGGAUAGCAGGGGUCAUAUUUUUGGGGAUGGUGGAGAAGGCUGUCUUCUGUGCAGAAUAUGAAAACACCAACGCCGUCGGCUCUGCUUCUCCAGGCUUGUUGAUCUUUGCCGAGCUGGUCUCUGCUCUCAAGAGGACUCUGGCUCGAUUACUCGUCAUCAUCGUCAGCCUUGGCUAUGGCAUCGUGAAGCCUCGUCUGGGGCAGGUGAUGCACAGAGUCGUGGGGCUCGGCAUUCUCUACUUUGCCUUUGCUAGCAUUGAAGGUGUCCUGAGGAUAACCGGGGCGAAAGACUCUGACUUGGCACUGCUGGCCGACAUUCCCCUGGCUCUGCUUGACUCCUCUCUAUGCUGGUGGAUCUUCGUCAGCCUGGCACAAACCAUCAAGACUCUGAAGCUGAGGAGAAACCCCGUCAAGCUGUCUCUCUACAGGCACUUUACAAACACUCUAAUAUUUGCCGUCAUUGCGUCCGUCAUCUUCAUGGGUUGGAUAGCAAAGAAGUUCCGGCUUGCAGAUUGCCAGUCUGAUUGGAUUGAGCUGUGGGUGGAAGAUGCUUUCUGGAGGUUCUUGUUCUCCGUCAUCCUGCUAGUCAUAAUGUUUUUAUGGAGACCCUCUGCAAACAACCAAAGGUACGCUUUCACACCUCUCAUGGAUGACUCUGACGACGAGGAGAUAGAGGAGUUCAUCGCCUCUACAAACAUUGCUGAGGGCAUAAAGUUGAGAUCAUCUAAAACUGAGUCGAAUGGCUCCGUGAAGCCUGCAGAAGCAAACCCAGAGGAAGACCUGAAGUGGGUGGAGGAUAACAUUCCUAGCUCUCUUACUGAUGUAGCUCUACCAGUCCUGCUCGACUCAGAUGAGGAAAUCAUGACGACCAGAUAUGAGAUGUCAAAGCUGGAGUGAGGCAAAUCAUUUCCAGAUACGGAGGGAGAGAGUCAGCUGUCCCUAGCUCUGCAGCGGGGUGUUCUCCAGGAUUUCCAGGCGGUGGUGGUGGAGUGCCAUUGAGUUUUUCAGGGGAUCUUCCAGUGAGGCUUCUAACUUCGCGGGGUGGUACAGACCACAAUGUAGAGGGAGCUCUACUUAUUUCCUCAACUUCUCAAGAGCUAAGGACUCUUCCAGAGAGAACCUGUCUUUUCACUGACCAAAAGGUUUUCCCUGAUCGUUAUCAGUUUAGAGCAUUUCUUUCCAAAGAGAACUUUUCUUUUUAUAUUAAGUGCUGUAUUUAUUUCUGUUUUUUUCAUGUGGAUUUAUUUUAUCAGAGAAUGAGGAAUAGUGGGCCUCAUACAUGAACAUAGUCUCAAUUAUUCAUUAAGUGUCUUUUUUUGGGGGGAAUCUAGAUGUGAAUGGUCUGCUGAAUAAGAUAAGAUGCUUAUUUAUUAUGGGGCCUUUUUUUCUCAGUAAUUGAAUACGAAGGACUAUUUAUUUGAGUUGUUUUUGAGGCCAGAGGAGAGAAAGAGGAAUUACCUUCUGUGUGUAUAUUCAUUCAUUUCUAGCAUUCAUUUUCAUGUGACUAAGUGAAACACAUUUUGAUUUUAUUUCUUUCUUUGCCAAUUUUAAAAUGAAUAAUUCAAACACAUUGAUAGAUCGUUUGCUCUUAUGCACUUUGAAGAUCACAGCUGUGAGUAAAUGUAGUUCUUGUGUGAGGCCUAUCUGUUGAGGUUAUUGAGAAUAAGUGUUCAGUUCUCCAGACAUGCUCAGUAUUGGUGUGUGAAUGAGUAUAAGGGGCGAGGAAGCAUAAACUAGUGAUUUGUACAACUUAAAAUUAACUGGGUUCAGUAGUGUAUAAUUGGGGGGUGUAAUCAGGUUUUGAUUACCUUAUGUGGAUUGUGUCUUCUGAGAAAAAAGGAGCAAUAUACUGUACGUAUGUCAUCAUGGAGUUAAAUCAUUAUUUAUUUGUGUUCUAAGUGUACUUAUAAGUUGUUUAAGAGUGUCUUUGCCUAUGUUUACUCCAAAGUGUGUUUACAAUGUGAGCUUCCUUUUCUAACAGCAGCUUGUUUGAUUUGUUUGCUGAUAUAAAAAAAUAAUCAACGUGUUGGUUUUAUAAGCAACGUAAUAACCUUUAUUUUCUGUCAAAUGAGGCUUAUUAUUUCUGAAAAUGGCUGCCCCGGUGUUUUUGUCGGUGUAGUUUUGGAACACUGUUGUAGUCUUAAUGUCUGUUGUCUUAAGUAAAUGUAACAGCAAAUACUUUAUGUAUGGGCCAUCCCACAUUAUGACACAUUACAUAAGUUAUGUGGUUAGCAUAAGCACAAGCUGAUCACUAAAGUUAAUAAUGUCACUGUUCGUUUUUGUUUUUGGACAGAAACCUGGAAUAAUUGUGUUUAUGAUGGCAUACUGUCUUCUGUUAUAUAAAACUGCAGACACCUGCAGUGGACCUUGAUUAUUUGUACAGAUGGGUUUAGGCUGAUUCCUGUUAUUUCAUAAUUCCACAGGUGGAGAAGUGUCUGGAUAAUAUGCCUGCUCUUUUUCUAUGGGUAUCAUGAAAAACCUUUCAUACCAGCAGUUUUCUCCUCUCUUCCUUCUCAGGAAGUGUGUAUGAUCAGAAUAAAUAAUCAAAUGCAGAAGA